ACAAAUGGUGCAGCAAGACCCAAUACACACAAUCAAGAACACAGAGGAUGCAGCAAAGACCAGGCGAGAGAAGUUGUCGAGAGUGUAAUUAUUCCAGUCCAGUUGUUGACCGUUUCGGGGUUCCCGCACUGCCUGAGGCUGCAAGGCCCACCAGGCCUCCUUUUUUUUGGAAUCUUUCCAACUCUCUCUCUCUCUCUCUCCCUCGUCAUCGUGCAGCAUUCAUCCAUACCCUCGAUCGCUCCCCAGAAUCACUUAUAUCGACGUAUUCUAUAAUUACUCCCCGUGACUCGCCAUCAUGGCUGAGAAACGCAGACUUUCCGCGCGUGAACGUCGCGAACCGGCGGCCAAACGUCGAGUCUCCGAAGCUGCAUCUCAAGCAUCAGCUUCAUCGCAAGCCCAACAAUCCUCCAAGAAAAAGGCUUCAACCCCUGUCGUCGCCCCAUCUCCAGCUCUCACCACUCAGCCAACGCCUGAGAUUGUCGAACCUCCCCUUCCGACUAAGAUAAAGGAUGGAGAAGCUCUCCCAAUUCUCCCUUUGCCGCAGCCCGCAGACCUCUCGCCCAAGGAAUACCAGUCAAUUACAGAAAGUGCUGUUCUUCUCGCCGCCUUGGAGCGAUCGAAGAAGAAAUGGCUGAGUGACGGUAUCCUCGAACGAUAUUGGACCAAACCUAAGAAGACUAAGCGGGAGCAAAUUGAGGGCAAGAAUCCGCCAAAGGAGACGAUGUCCAAGGUGGGACCGUGCAACAUCGUGGUGGGACCUCAUCUUUUCGAUGCCAUGCUCUACACAGUCAAAGACCCCAACGCGCCGCCUCCAGUUCAAUACACGCCGCCCCAACGCCCCAUGGUUCACUAUGGUCACCCGAAUAACUUCCAGCAAUACCACCCUUACCCUCACCCUUCGAAUUCCGCCCAGAACGCGCGGCCGCACCCUUCCCAUGCUACUCCUGCCACUCCAUCGCCGUCCCAACAAGGUUACCAGCAAGGCAGUCGCCCGCCACCUCCACAACCCGGUAGAACCCCUAACAAUCAAGCUGCUCAUCGUCCAUCUGGGUCUCAAUCCGCACAACGGCCGUCCGCACCUCACCACCCUUCGCCUCAUCCACCCAAACCAAACCCCGAUCCAGUCAUUCAAAUGCUUGCAACCCGAGCCGCUCAAGAUCCGGAGCUGAAAGCCUUGAUGAGACUCGUAGCCUCGACCAAUGCAACGCAAGAACAGUUACGAACCUUCCAAGCGCAUAUCGAUGAAUUAAAUGCUAUCAUCCGAGCACGUGAACAGCAGCAACGCCGACAACAGCAAUCAUCUCAACCACCCACUCCUAAUUCAGCCCCACAACCUCCUCAAACGCCACAGCCAACAGUCCAAAUACAGCAGCAGCAUCCACAACCACAGUCCCAGAAACCCCAGUCACAGACGCAACCACCAUCGCAACCCCUGCAGCCACCAGUGCAAGAGUCACCCCUCCAACAACCGCAUCCAAAACCGCAAAUAGUUAUUUCUACCCCACGGCCGCAACCCCAGAGACCCGCGCAAAAAUUGCCACGCGUGGAGGUACAGAUUUCCAAACAACCUCAGCCAACAACUUCCACUCCCCAGAGCUCGAACGAUAGCUCAGCGAAAUCCCAUUCUUUCUCCACACAGCCUCCAACCACAACGCCGCAGAUUAAGCAAGAGCCUGGCACAGACACAGCUAACCACACAGCACCAUUAUCCCAAAUAUCAACGCCCAGUGCCGGCCCCAGUCCGGCGCCGGUUACAGAUUCACAUGCCAACCCCAAGCAGCAGAGUUCUGCGGUACAGACGGUGCCUCCUCCCCAGCAGCAACAGCAGGCAGGACAAAGACAAGGACCUCAAUAUCCACCUUACCAGCAACCAGCAUAUCAAAGCCAGGCGCCUGCAAUCCAAUCUCGCCCCCCACAGUAUGGAUCUCCAGCUCCAUAUUACCGGGCAACUCCUCCGCGCCCUCCGCCUCCUCCGAGGCUCAAUUACAAAUCAGUUGUCUUUGAGUUUACAUCUCCACUGACACCCUAUGGAAGCAGUACCUCCGGUCACGCAGGCUCCGGAGACCGUUAUCUGUUCCCGGAGAACUCAAUUUUGGAAUGGCUCCCUGGUGGAACUACAGUCCUUGCUUCUUUUUUGCUUGUGCGGAAGGUGGAUCCAAAUACCCCCUUCCCCAUAGAAAUGGCUCCCGAAGCGGCAAACUCUCGCGUCAAGGGGAAGUCGGCUUCUAGGUCGAAAAAGGGAGAUAAAGGCAAGGCUAAGACUGAAGGGGGUCAACCGGAGAAAGAUCAAGUUAAAGACGGCGGAACCAUUGGCAAAGCGGCGGAGGGUCACCCCGAGUCUUCAUCAAGGAAGGAUGCUCCCACCUCAAAUUCAAAGGAAGCGGGCCCCAAGGAAGAAAAAGAGGCAGAGGGCAAGGGUGACCAGAAACUACAACCCGCAACCGUAACCAAGCCUGCGGUGGAGAAUCCGAAAGGCAAAGAAAAAGUGGACGAGAAGAAAGAUGACUCCAAUUUGAAGGAGUACUACCAGCUCGUCACAUUUCGAAUUUACAGUACUAAUCCGAAGGUUCUUGAACCAUUGGGUCGGGUUGUGAACCCCCCCGACGAAGUGCGGAAGUACAUGAAUGAAAUCAUGGACCGGGCGGAGCGAGCCCCUGAAGGAUUCCUAGCAUACCAACUUCCUCGAGAACUGCCAGCGGAAGUAAGCGACCUGGAGAAUGACAAGAAAGGCGGCACACCUGUGCCCGGUUUAAACGCUGGUGCACGUAGCAAGCUUUCCCGGGGUAGAACAAUCGGGGCAGAUUCGGACGCCGAGAAUACGCAGGCACAUAUCGACGAAGAGGAGGAGGGGGGGGAAGAAGAAGUGGAAGAAGAAGAAGAAGAGGGGGAAGAGGAGGAGUUGAGAGAUUUCUACGGGCCGCCGACUGCGCUGCCCCCAAUAGGUGUAUGAUGGCAUUCAUUUCAUGUAUAUUAAUUCGUUCUCCUCGCUCCGGAAUAAAGCUCCUCAAAU